AUGUCGAUGUUAAUGGCGGCUAAAUCCACUUCACUCUACAACUCAAACCACCCUUCGAUUUCAUCUAGAAUCAGCCAAAACCCUGGCGCCGUUAGAUCGGUUUAUCCGACGGUGAGAAUGCAGACACGUGUUCACCGUCUGAUCGAAGAGCAAGGCGCAGUGCUUAUUCCCGGAGUCUACGACGCAUUAUCGGCGGCUAUCGUCCAGCAAACCGGAUUCUCCGCCGCUCUCAUCUCCGGUUACGCUCUCUCCGCCACUACUUUAGGAAAACCCGAUUUCGGUUUGAUAACACCGCCGGAGAUGGCAGCAACGGCGAGAUUGGUGUGUGCGGCAGCUCCAAAGAUACCGAUCUUUGCGGAUGCAGAUACUGGUGGAGGAAAUGCCCUCAAUGUUCAAAGAACCGUAAAGGACUUGAUCGCAGCAGGUGCUGCUGGUUGCUUCCUUGAGGACCAAGCAUGGCCAAAGAGGUGUGGACAUAUGCGUGGCAAAGAGGUCAUACCUGCGGAGGAGCAUGCUGCUAAAAUAGCUUCAGCAAGAGACGCUAUUGGAGAUUCUGACUUUUUCCUCAUUGCUAGGACUGAUGCGCGCGCUCUUUCCGCAAAAACAGGACUUUCAGACGCCAUUGACCGUGCUAAUCUCUACAUGGAGGCAGGAGCUGAUGCUUCAUUUGUUGAGGCACCGAGAGACGAUGAUGAGCUAAAGGAAAUUGGAAAGCGCACAAAAGGGUACAGAGUGUGUAACAUGCUCGAAGGUGGACGCACACCAUUGCAUACGCCUGAUGAGCUUAAAGAGAUGGGUUUUCAUUUGAUUGCUCACCCGCUUACCUCGCUCUAUGCAUCAGCUCGAGCUCUUGUUGAUGUCCUGAAGAUCCUCAAGGAAAAAGGAACCACCAAAGAUCAUUUGGAAAAGAUGAUUACGUUCGAGGAGUUUAACCGUUUGGUGAACUUGGAUUCGUGGUAUGAGCUCGAAACUAAGUACUCGAAUCUCAGAAACGCUCUUGGGACAACAAAAUCAUAA